CUAUUUUGUAAUUUUCUGAAAAGAAAUUCCAGUGGCAGCUAAAACGGUUUUUAAAAAGGAGGAAAACGCGUGUCGGGUAUGUAUUUGUAUAGAAACAACAAAUCUCUGUGAGAUCUCUCAACCUCCUAAAAUCAGGUAUUCUAUAGUAAUCUAUCGGUAAAACUCCAGGUCUUGAUUCUGUUAAUGAUCACCAGUUGAUUUCAUUAAAAUAGUCAAUAAUCUCUGCUCUAGCUGAACAUAAGACCAUAAAGACAUUCAUUAUGGGAGAGGAAGAAACCCUAGGAGGAGAACAGGGAAGCUUUCUUGCAGCUCCUGUCAUCUUUCUCAUUGUUGUGUUUUUCCAGUUGGUCUCCAGGUGGCUUGAGCACUUAAAGAAGAGAGCAUCUAAGAAUGCUACAGAAGUUCAGUUACGUGCGGAAAUAAAGCAGCUAUUGAAAGAGGCGAGCUCCUUUUCACAGCCAUCAUCUUUUGCUCAGGCUGCAAAACUUAGAAGGUUAGCAGCUGCAAAGGAGAAGGAACUUGCAAAUCGUGAAGAAAUGCACAACAAGGAGAUCAAGCUGUCUUAUGAUUUAUACCUCAAAAUAAUAUUUAUCUUAAAGAUUGUAACAUACUUUAUGUUGAUUUGCUGGUUUUGGAGGACUCCUGUUGCUGCAAUAUCUCAGCAGUUGGUGCAGCCCUUUGGAAAGGUGCUAUCAUGGGGUGCUGGAGGUCUUUUAAAAGACAAUGUAUUGGACAACAUGGGAAAUUUCCAAAUAGGACUUACCAAGCGCGACCAGUGGAAUCAAAAGGAUAGCACACAACGUGACACUUAAUGUUUGUGAAGGAAUAAUGAUUAGCUUUGUACAUUAACCUUAUUUCCCUGUAAUUAAUUAGUCAUCCUAGAAUAAAAUUAUGGAGAAGACUGACAUAUUUCCAGCCUAGACUAUUACUAAAAUUGUUGUGGAGAUGCUAUGUUUAAGAAUCUAACUCGACUAAAUCUUAGUUGUUGGUUUUACUUGAUCU